GUUUCAUUUCAUGUAGGUUUAUUUCCUCUAGAAACCCGCGCGUUCACACCGCUACUGCUACUCCACCUCUCUCUCUCUCCGAAUUCGUGAAGAAAGAUGUUGAAGCUGUCAAGGCAGCUCCUGCGCUCCUCAAGUGCAACCCAGGCAUGGAUGUCUACUGCUACGGCGAAUUUCGAGCCCGGUGCUAGAAUAUUUGCACCUUAUUCAAUUUACAAGGGGAAAGCUGCAUUGUCAGCUGAUCCCCUUCUACCCAAGUUUACUAAAUUGGAAACUGGGGAUUACAGAGUUGAACGCCGUGGUGUCAUCAUGUUAACAUUUUGGCCCUCGAUUGGUGAACGCAAAUAUGAUUGGGAGAAAAGGCAGAACUUUGCUCUCUCCGCCACGGAAGUUGGGUCCCUGAUCAAUUUGGGUCCAAAAGAUUCAUGUGAAUUCUUCCAUGACCCCUCAAUGUUAUCAAGUAAUGCAGGUCAAGUUAGAAAGAGUCUAUCAAUUAAAGCGCAUGCUGAUGGUAGUGGUUACUUUGUUUCUCUGAGUGUUGUCAACAAUACUGUCAAUACAAAUGAUCGGUUUGUUGUUCCUGUCACUGCUGCUGAGUUUGCUGUCAUGCGGACUGCUUUCUCUUUUGCUUUGCCUCACAUCAUGGGCUGGGACAAAACUGUGGCAAAGCCCCCUCUUAGCGGUAACCAUCAAGGUUCAGGUUCGGGUAUGGGUACGGUGGUUCGUCAAGCUCAGACCUCCGAGUGGGAUCGAUAGAUCUUUAGCGAAAUCAUGUUUGUAAUCAUAUCCAUUUUGUUGAAUUUCAGACUGCUCAUAACUAUCUUCCCAAGUGGAUUAUAUAACCAUUUGCAAUUAACUAUUUCUGAGGAUAAUAUUUUCCCAUA